AUGAAGUUCAUCGGAACUGCUGCCUUUGCCCUCACCGUGGCUGUUGCCAUGGGAGCCAAGCUCUCCGACUCCAAGGCCUUUGACGAAGCCAAGUCCCAGUGCAAUGUUGGCGACAUCUCUUGCUGCAACUCCGCGGAAGAGACCGAGGCCGACGGCAUCCUGGGCAACCUCCUUGCUGGAGGUCUCCUCAACGGUGUUCUCGGUAACUCCAACUCGCCUUGCGCGAAGACCAGCCUCAUUGAUGAGCUGAACAUCCUUGCUUCCAUCAAGGACACCGACUCCGGACCCGUUUGCAAGAACAUCAUUGCUUGCUGCCCCGAGGGUACUACCACCUGCACUGCUAUUGACAACUCUGGAAAGGAGUAA